AUGAAGCAUCUUACUCCACAGCAACCUCAUAGCUCUCCACAGCAUCCUCAUAGCACUUCACAAGCAUCUCCUCAUAGCACAUCUUCACAGCAUCCUCACAGCAUCUUCCACAAGCAUCCUCAUAUAUGCAUCCUCCACAGCAUCCUCAUGGAGGCAUCUUCACAGCAUCCUCAUAGCAUCCACCUCAUACAUCGUUCACUAUACAUCUUCACCAGCAUCCUCUACAUCACCACAGGCAUCCUCAUAGAAUCUUCACCAGCAUCCUCAUACAUCUUCACAGCACCUACUACAUCUUCACGAGCAUCCGCCUCAUACAUCCUCCUCACCAGCACCUACAGGCAUCUUCACUGGCAUCCUCAUAGCUCCUCACAAGCAUCGCUCAAUAGCAUCCUCAGAGCAUCUUCACCCCAGCAUCCUCAUAGCAUCCUCAAUUGCAUCUUCAACAGCAUCCACAUAGCAUCCUCUCGCGUGCAUUGUCACAAGCAUCCUCAUAGCAUCUUCAACAGCAUCCUCAUAGAAUCCUCACUGCAUCCUCACAGAAUCCUCAUAGCAUCCUACAGCAUCUUCAUAGCAUCUUCACAUAUCUUCACAGCAUCCUCAAUGCAUCUUCACAGCACCCUCAUACAUCUUCACAGCAUCCUCAUAAUCUUCACAGCAUCCUCAUACAUCUUCACCAGCAUCCUCAUGAGCAUCUCCACAGCUUCCUCAUACAGCCUCAAUGCACUUCACAGCAUCCUCAAGCAUCUUCACAGCAUCCUCAUAGCAUCUUCACAGCAUGCCAUUAGCAACCUUAAUAGCAUCCUCAUAGCAUCCUCAGAAGCAUCUUCACAAGCAUCCCAUCCUCAUGGAGCUUCUUCACAGCAUCUUCAUCAAGCAUCUCCACAGCAGCCUCAUAGCACUUCCCACAGCAUCCUCAUAGCAUCUUCACAGCAUCCUCAUAGCAUCUGCCACAGCAUCCUCAAUAGCAUCCUCACACAUCUUCACAGCAAUCCUCAUAGCAUCUCCACAGACAUCCUCAUAGCACACUUCACACAUCCCAUAGCAUCCACAUACAUCCUAAUAGCAACUUCACAGCAUCCGCAUAGCAUCGCCACACAUCCUCAUUGCUCUCACUACAUCCUCAUACAUCCUCAGUGCAUCUUCACGACAUCCCUCAUAGCAUCCUCAUCAGCAUCUUCACAGCAUCCUAAUAAGCAUCGUCACCAGCCAUCCUCAUUGCAUCUCCACAGCAUCCUCAUAGCAUCUUCACGAGCAUUCCUCAUUAGCAUCUUCACAGCAUCCUAA